AUGAAAUAUCACAACAAUUUUGGGAAUUCAUUCGUAAUUUCAACUGACCUAUGUGAAGCAUAUCUUAUACUUGAGACGAUAAUAAAAAAUCCUCUAAAGAUCACUAUUUCUUUUGAAAAAAAGAGGAAUAAGACCGGUGGAGCAAUCAACGUAGGAGACCUUGAUGAGUGGGAAGAUGGAGUCAUGUCAGACGAUGAGCUUCAUCCAUCACUCAGAACUAAGAAGAAGACCCUUGGACCAAUUCCAGAUGAACUUCGACUCAAACUGAAAAUAAACCCACUAAAUCCAUUUCAGGAACCGUGUUGUGUUGUUGUGUUGUUGUGUUGUUUUGUGUUGUAUUAUCAGUGUUGUACCUUGUAG